GCCAAUACGACAGUUAAUGAACGGUGUGUAGUAUAGCAGUGCUUCCGUCGACUUGGUGUUUACGUUAUCAGCUGACGUCAUGGGAAGAUCUAUCUGAUUUUUUUUUUCUCGACAAGAACUUGUAUAUAAAGCUUGACCCUAAUCCACAACCUCAGUUUAUCGCUAUACCUUGCCGAGUGUGGACACCCAGUCUGCCACAGUACACGGGUUAAGUUAGUGGUUGGCAGGACUGUCUCUGCACCCACACGUACUGUAGCUAUAUAACAAUGCAUGAGAAAAUAGUGAUCACUGAACCUACUCGGGGGAGGAGCACACCCUUCACCAAGUUCAGGGAUUGGAUGAACCCCGCCAAGCUCCUACCACCCCGCUGGAGGAAGUGUCCCAACUGCACCAACAGGAAACGCAACUGCAUCUGCUGGCGUCACAACAGAAGAGAUGGUGUCGCUGACGAGUAUAUGGCAAGUGUGGGAGAGCCAGUCGACGUCAUCACAGUCCCUGGAGAGAGCACUCCGCCAGGUCACCACCGUCAGGGAGGAACAGAGCAUCACCAUCACCACCACCACCACUUCUCCAACACACCCUCCUCUAACUCCAUCAACACAUUCUCCUCCACCACCACUAACCCUCUCUCCUCCUCCAACCUUCCCUCCCACACAAUUCCCACCUCCAACACAAAGCCCACCCCUGCCCCCAGAAGUGUUGGAGUACCCCGGAGCUCCAACAACAGCAAGGAACAGCACCAACAUACUACCAGUGGAGUACGACGCCCCGGUGUUGGUGUCAUCGGUGUGUCCGGCAGCUGCCACCACAACCACGAGGGUACGGUAGACACCUUGAUGCCUGGUAGUGGUGUGGGCCUGGGUGGUGGGGGACUUCCUCCACCCAUCCACCAAGACACCAUACACUUUAACACCUCCUCCACCACCUGCUCGUCCACCUCCAACACCAACACUUCCUCCACCUCGGCCUCCUCCUCCUCACACACUGGCGGGUUCUGCCCCCCUAUUCUUGAUCUGGUCGACUACAGUGGUGGCGGGUCUGAUGAUGAUGAUGAUAACUACCAGACUGGUAGUGGGGAUGGGUCGGAGUGCGAGCCCUGUCAGAUACAGCUGGAGGAGCGACUUGUCAAGACUAACCCCAUCUGGUUCCUCCCAGACCUUCAGCGUUCGGGUGCUGUCCAUCUACUGCAAGGCAAAGACGAGGGGAACUUCAUCGUCCGUCAGAGCAGCAAGCCCGACACCCGCGCCUUGAGUGUCCGCCUCCCUCCAGACAAAGGGCCAUACAUCCAGCACUACCUCAUCGAGAUACACAACGACGGAACUGCAUACUCCCUUGAGGCCUCUGAGAAUCGCUUCGAUAAUCUCCCGGCGCUCAUUGCCUACUACUCUCAGUGCUGUGACGAGUUGCCGGUGCAGUUAAAGUUGCCUCGAUCUGUUCAAGAAGCAAAAACCAGACACGAGCUCACCUCCCUGGCUCUACUUGGACAAGAGUUUUGGGGUACAGCAAUGGCCAGCCCAACAGCAAGUACUCCCACAGCCGAUUGUCCUCGUAGUGCUGCCCCAACACCAUCCCCGCGCCCUCACGACCUCUCCUUCAGCAGCUUCGGCAAGGGCGGAGUAACAAGGGGGAUAUCCUCCACCAGUCUCCUAUCACCACAGACUCUAGGAGGGUUAGGUAUCUCAGUAGGUUCACUUGGCAGUUCUAUGGGAGGAUCCAUUGGAGGCUCGACAUCAUCUUUAGCGCCAAUUAGACCAGCUCCUCCUGUACCACCCUCUGGGGACCGAUCAUCACUUAAUUUAAAUUUAGCCCCACUUGAUGAAUUUUUAAAGGAACAGCCAAAAUUUACUUCAUUCCGUUCCCAGCCAGCUACUCCAGUUACUCAGUUGAAACCUAGUACACCUGGCACCAAGCCCACACCACCACCUCGCUCCAGUCCACCUAGUACCCUUUGGGCCAGUCAGAUCAGCCCAACAGGAUCUCAGAGGCCAUUGAAUAAGCCCACUCCCCCUGCCAGAUUCAGUCCGCCAAUAAUGUCGGAGAUAGGAACUCCCACUAGUGAAAAUGGGGAACUAAUCCCUCGGGUCAGUCAGGCCCCAGCGCCACCUCCACGAUGGGCCCGAUCAUGCAUCACAACGUCACCAUCAAAUAUUACAGUCACAACAACUUUAACUCUCAAUGUUAACCAAGUGAAAGCUCUACCACUGCAUUUAGAUGAUGGACAGCAGGGAAUGACUGUACAUGUAGCUAAUUUAGAAAUCUCCCCAACUGGCAGUAGCAGCUCACAGUCAAAUAUCCUAAGUACUACUCCAAAUGGAAACCAGAAUGGCACACUAAAUGGCUGCAGAGAUGGUCUACACCUACAAAUUCGACAGCAAAUAACCUCGCCUCAGAGCACACCAUGUACGCCCUGUGCACCGAGCACUCCAAUUGGAGAAGAGGCUCCUGGAAUGCCAAGAGUUCGUUUGCGUAGUGGAAGAAGGGAUAGACGAAGACUUUCCAAUCAUUAUCACGAGGCCAAUAUUGUUGACAGUAAUGCACCUUACUGUCGAUCAUCUCUGGCAGAUAAGAUUAGUGAUUAUGAAGACUUAUGGUCCAGUCCACCUCGUGAAGUGCCAACAACCCCAACAUCAGCACAGCCCAAAAUGCUAACUUUUAAACCUCGAAAUGAAAUCUCUAAGUCAAUGGGGGACCUCAGUGAAAUAGCAAAAAAUGCAAAACCAGUUCACUUUACCUAUGAUACAGAUAAUAAAAAGGAAGAUGAGAGCACAUACAAUAAUGAAAAGCAGAAUGGUAACAGCACAGACUCUGUAAAUUCUUAUCGUAAAAAUUCAAGUCCAUUUUAUAUGGAACCAGCAGAUGCACUAAAGGAUCAGCAACCACAGGCGAGGAUUAACAAAGCUUCAAACAAAUUAUCAAGGAAAACAACAAACCGCUAUUCAGACUCUAACAUCCAGUGGAAGACUAGAAAGAGUCACAACUCCUUGGGUAAAAUAGAUUCAAAUGAAGACCUGCCAUUAUCAUCAAGCAUAGAAAACUUAAUGAAUGGUAAAAAUCAUGAAGCUGUUAGUAUGAAUUUAGAAGAUGAAAAGAACAAGAACAUUGAGAGUGAGAAAAACAAGGUAAAUGCUGGUCAUCUAGUCAAUGGGCAAUCCAGAAAUGACGCGAGGCGCCACUCAAGGGUGGGAGGACGAGGAAAGCCAAUAGCUCCACCCAGAAUUAACAAUGAUCCUCUAACACCCAAUGGUGAACAAAUGCCAGAAAUUUCUUGCCAUGUCGCCUCUUCUUGGGAAUAUCAAGGUGUGGGAUCAGACAAUGAAGAUGGCCCUUGUGGAGAAGGUAGAUUCCCAGUUGGUGAUACUGGAGGAGAAUCAGAUAGUGUCAUGAUUCCAGGUGAUAGAACUGUACAAGAUCUGAUCUCCGAAAAACUUCCAGAUCUGACCUUGGAUUCUCAGUCGCUGGCACCGAGUUAUGCAACACGCAUUAGUGAGUAUGAUAAUGUAGGAGGCCACGGUCCUGUUCGAGGAGAGGAUCACCAUCCCCUACAACAUCAGAGACAGCAACCACAAAAAAACACUUCACGCAACAUUCCUCUUGAAGAGCGCCUUCACCCACCGCUCCCCACUCACUACUUUCCUUCAACUGUGAGCGACUCAGGUACAGAGUUUUCUGAACCAUGGGAUUCAAGGAAGUGGGAAUCAUUAAUGCACUUUGAAGAUGACUCCUCAAUUGACCAAUAUCCACGCAGCUCAACAGAAACCCCGGCUUUACGUCCUUACAUUCAUGAAGACUCAGAUAUGGGUGGUGCAGGCGUUACAGACACAGACUCAUUUGUGCAUGUGCUUGGAGAGUCUGUGGCUGUGAGUGAUGAUGAAACUGUUUCAAUCUCAGGGACGCCAACCUUGUCCCUAGCUCAUGCUCCCAACCUGGACACACAACAGCGGUCUAGAAUUAUGUCACCGCAGUUACUUGCGCUGCGUCACCGCCAGGAUGCCGAGAAUGGUGCUGCCAUUAAAGCUUACGCAAUGGGCUUGGGGAGUGACACUUCCACAACCUUCAGUCGGGCUGUCAGCAAUUUUAUUACCUGCACGUUCGAGAGCCCCGAGCGAGACCCGGCCAUCGUCACCCGUAAUGUCCGUCAGUUUAUGUCUGGGAUGAAGAAUUAUUUAGUCACGAGCGGCGAGAAGGAAUUUGAAGCAAUAGUCAAGAAACAGCGAAGUAAUCUUAAGGCAACCGAGUUCCUAAAUCUGGAUGCCAUCUUGGAAGACGUUCUGGUCCGACUUGUACUGCGCCCUCUGUGGACCCAUAUUAACAAACUGUUUGUGGAGGCUUACUCAGCUAAUGGCUCUAUCCAGUUACUGGCCACAAACAUGAAAUAUGCAAAGUCACAGCCAUAUAUCCGCCUUGGUAUACGGCCCGAGUUGUCACCACCAAGUGGAAGUUCUCUUGAAACUAUUCGCAGUCUUUUAACACGAAUGCAGAAACUGUUUGCCCCAAGAGAAAAAUUAGAAUUCCUCUUGGCUACCAUCUCACACAUAUACCAAGCUAUGUAUGAAAAUGGUGACACAUCAGGUUCAGGAGAUGCUGAUGACCUUGUUCCAAUGAUAAUGUGGGUCCUGAGUCAGUCAGGGAUGGUGUCUGCAGAGGUGGAGGCAGACUACAUGUGGGGGCUGCUCCUUCCUAGUGCCUCAUCUGGAGAAACAUCAUACUACCUGGAAGCUUUUCAUUCUGCUAUUCAUGCACUUAAAAAUCUCUCUCCUUCACCUGAGUCUUCACCUGGAAAUAGUCUUGAUUCUGUUAGACAGGAUGUGUCUAUGGUGUCAGACCAGGGCAUCAUGAAGAUCGUUAUACCGGAUGAGAAGAAUGGUAGUAUAGUCACUCGCACAUUACCCAUAAGACCGGCAACCACCACACGUGAGGUUUGCAAAAUGAUGGCACACAAGAUGAAAGUAACAAACCCCCAAGACUACGGACUCUAUAAACUUGUGGAUGGACUCGAGACCUUGCUGUCGGAUAAUGAAUGUCCACACAAGGUGAAGUCAGAUCUCACCACUCAUGGCUUCCAUUGUACCUUUGCAUUCAAACGCAUCGAUGCCAAAAUUGCAUGGCCAAUACUCUCUUGAUUGUAAUUAUAUACUCGGUGUAUUGUUCCCAGAUAUGAUCUGAUAAGGCUUUAGUGUUAUGAUACUCUUAAUAACAGAAAAUUACACUGCACAUUUAUUUUCCCUUUAAGUAAAAACAUGAAAUUGAUAAUGCCAGAUUGAUUUAUGCUGUAAAUAUUCAUUGGUUACGGGAGAUAAAACGGCAUGUAAAACUUUAUCAUUUUAAAUUACAUUUGGUGUCUUUUUGCUGUUUAGAUCACUCGCCAAGUACUGAAAACCGGGCAUUAUCUCGCAAAAAAAAAUACGGAAAUUUAAAGUAAAUCACAUUCAGGGUAGUUGCAAGUUUAUUAAUUACAGAAUCAAGAAAUAGUUACCCCUUCAGAACCAAGAAAUGGUUUUAACCUUCAGGAUAUAGUUUUCUUGCUUUUUUUUUUUUUACCUGUAAUUUUCCCAGUGCAGCAAUAAAGACGAGAACAGUGAAGCUUGGUUCAUAAGUUUAUUGAUAGAAGGGGGACAUAUAAAAUAAUAAUGAUACCAUGCAUUUAUUGUUAAUGUAAUCGCAUCCCUUACAGUUUUGUGUUGAUGUAUAUACUGUUAAUAAAUGUGUCACAAUUUGUGUAUAACUAGAGAAUCUCAUCUCAUAGGUUAUGUAAUUUGGGUUAAUACUAUAAGAAAGCAUUAAAUAGCUCACCUGAUGAUAGUAGUAAUCUGGCAUAUUAUACAUUACUUAACUGUACAUUAUUCAUCAUUUAGAUAUGGAGACAAUAUGUAAUUAUUACCUUUUAACUGUCUUGAUACAUGUAGCCUGAGUUAUCAUACCCAUUGCAAAACUUGACCAUUUCUCUAAAGUACUGUAUUCUAAAGUUCAAAUAUAUCUUGCUGUAUGUGAAUUUACCACACGUUUAACAAAACCUUUUUGUUACCUUACUAAGUGAAUAUAAUUGACACAAUCAUUCAGUGUUGAUGUAAUCGUCUAGCAAUAGGGUAAAGGAGACCUAUAGAUCCGAGUGUGCUCAAUAUUAUCGUAUGCAGUGAAAUUAUCAAAGUUUAAUUAAAAUCUAGGAACUCUAGUGUUUCAUUUGUGUGUUAAUACAAAAUUUCCCUUUAGUUUAUAAUUAACUUACCUUUGACAAUAAGCCUUAGUUUUGCUCAAAAUGGUAGCUGUAGGUGUGUAUUGUGGUAAUGAAUUUUGAAAGCUUAGAGAACAGCUUAUGGAUACUCAGGCUUAUCAUUGUAUAUAUACAGUAUUGCAAGUGAUAACAAGAAAGUGUUUUGACAUACUUUUGUGAAAUUAUUUGCAUGAUACUGUACCAAAAAGUGCUGUUUACACACUGUAUAUGGAUAGAAGCUUGUAAAGUAUAAUUUAUUAUAUAUUUUUUGUUUAUGUUUAUAUGAUUUCUCACCCAGUGUACUGUAUAGGUGCUUCAGACUACUAGGUGAGACAGGCAGAGUAGUGGGAAUGCUCCCUUUAACUCAAGAGUAGGAAUUACCACAAACAGAAAUGUCAUGUAAACAGUGCCAUUCACAUUUUUACACCUUUUUUAAUGCUGAAAGACUUUGGGCACUUCACAUUUAGCACCAAGGUUUUGAUCUUUUAUUUUUUUCUACAUCCAGCAGUGAAUGAUUUUCUACUUUUAUAAAAAACUCUAACCAUAUCACAUUUGACGUAGUUUAGCGGUAGAAUCAAUCUGAUGUGUAAUAUUUACAACUCCUUUUUGUAUAUAAUGUACUUUCUUUGCAAAUAAUGCUGAAUGGCUGUGUUACAGUUGGUGUAAGGGGAACCCAUCUGUUUGAUUUGUAAACUUACUUGGAAAGAAAAUAGGUUUUAGAUCACCCUCCCAUACAUGGCACUGUUCUAGAUAUUGGUGUGUAAUUAUUACUGUUAGUGCCUGUUGAUUAAUUAAUGUACUGUACUUUUAAUGGGUCAAGAAGUUAACAUCAAUUGCAGUUGACACCAAGUUAUAAUCAAAGUCAAACUUAUGGGUGACCAUGUUUGCGUACAAUGUCUAGUCAUUGCUUGGUAACUGUAGUUGCAUUAAAGCUUUUUAUAUACUAAUAUCAAACAUUAUUAAAUCUAUUUCCAGAUCUUAGAAUUGAAGAUGUACUGGUAUAUUGGAACUACAUCUUUUAACUAAAAUGUUCUAAGAUGUCAAUAAAUUAAUAAAGAAGCUCACAUUU